GAAGUUUUGAUUUUGCUCUGUUUUCUUGGGAAUAAAAGAGGAUAAUUUAGUGGUGGGUUUUUCGAGAAAGAGAGAGAAAGAAUGAGUUUUCAAGAUUUAGAGGCGGGAAGAGGAAGAUCAUUAGCUUCUUCAAGGAACAUCAAUGGUGGUGGUGGUAGACAAGACACGACUCAAGCUGUUGCUUCUGGUAUAUUUCAGAUCAACACAAGUGUUUCCACUUUCCAUCGUCUUGUCAAUACUCUUGGUACUCCUAAAGACACACCUGAGCUCAGAGAGAAGCUGCACAAGACAAGAUUACAUAUUGGACAGCUAGUGAAAGAUACAUCAGCUAAACUUAAAGAAGCUAGUGAAACUGAUCAUCAAAGAGGUGUUAAUCAAAAGAAGAAGAUUGUGGAUGCUAAGCUUGCAAAGGACUUUCAAGCUGUGUUGAAAGAGUUUCAGAAGGCUCAGCGUCUCGCAGCUGAAAGAGAAACCGUAUAUGCUCCUCUUGUCCACAAGCCAUAUCUUCCUUCUAGCUACACAUCCAGCGAGAUAGAUGUGAAUGGAGAUAAGCACCCAGAGCAACGGGCGCUUCUUGUGGAAUCAAAAAGACAAGAACUUGUACUGUUGGACAAUGAGAUUGCGUUCAAUGAGGCUAUUAUUGAGGAAAGAGAGCAAGGGAUACAAGAAAUCCAGCAGCAAAUUGGCGAGGUGCACGAAAUCUUCAAAGACUUGGCAGUGUUGGUACACGAUCAAGGAACCAUGAUUGAUGAUAUUGGUACUCACAUCGAGAACUCAUACGCUGCAACUGCACAAGGAAAAUCCCAUCUCGCAAAAGCAUCAAAGACACAAAGAUCAAAUUCUUCUCUGACGUGCUUGCUCUUGGUGAUUUUUGGUAUCGUGCUCAUGAUUGUUAUUAUAGUGCUCGCUGUUUGAUUUACCCAAGCUCAUAAAAGCAUGGACAAGUGCUUCAUCAUCAAUCAAGAAGCAUCAAUGAGUAUAUAUUUGUCAUUUCACGGCUCUCUUUGUUCCUACCAUUUAGUCUGUUGGACUAUUGGUCUCUCGUUUCCUGUUAUCGAGUUGAGUAUAUAGAGUAGUUCGCUUUGGUUGAGUUUGUCUGAGUCUUCGUUCUGAAAGAAAGAGUGUUAUUGCUUUGUCUCUGUAAUAUAUUUUGUUGCAUUUA